GUAAACAUUGAAACAUUCGUGGCAAAAGAACAGCGAUAACAGGGAGUUUUCUAAAUAGAGUGACUACCAUGUCCUCGGCUGCAGUGCCCCUGUUGGAUGAGGCCGUGCCGUUCGGCGAAGAGGAUGAGAUCAACCAGGACGGUAUCGUCAAAAGGCUUUCCCACCCGUACGUGACGUUCUUUCACAUUGCGUUCCGUGCAGCGGCCAUCGCGACGUACCUGUUCUGCGGUUGGUUCAGCAGCAGCUUCAUCACGAGCUUCGUGUUCGUGGUGCUGCUGCUGUCGGCCGACUUUUGGACGGUGAAAAACAUUACCGGUCGCCUGCUGGUGGGACUGCGCUGGUGGAACUACGUGGACGACGCUGGCGUUUCGCACUGGAUUUUCGAAUCGAAAAAGGGCGAAAGCUACACACCGAAGUUCAACCCACACGAGGUGCGCAUCUUCUGGAUGGCGCUCGUGCUAUGCCCGGUCAUCUGGGCGUUCUUCUUCAUCGUGGCGCUCUUUGGCUUCAAGUUUAAGUGGCUGCUGUUGGUGCUCAUCGCACUCGCCUUGAAUGGUGCCAACUUGUACGGCUACGUUAAGUGUAACUUUGGCGCUGGCGCGAAUCUGAGCAGCACCACGACCGAUUUCGUGAAGAAACAAGUGCUGAAAAACGCGGUGAAUCUGAUGGCAAACCAAGCCAGUGGCUCGGAUGGUGCCGGUGGGGUCGGCAGGCCUUCCAGCAUAGUCUAAGCAAAGUAGCUCACAAUCUCAGCCCACAUCGACAAAUUACCGUUUUCCAAGUGCACUGCAUUCCAUGAGCCUUGCCUCAGCAUUUGAGCAGAGUGCAUGAGCACGCUCCCCAGGAUAUACAGGACUUUUCCACCCGCUUUCUUUCAUUCUGCCCCCAUUAAGCCAAACCAAUAUACAGUGACUCAAAUUCCUAUUCGUACGGGUAUAUUGCACAGUCCAAGCGGUGCAAACUAAUGCUCGUAGAGCUUUAUUGAAUGCACAUUAUGCAAUUAUGACAAUUGAUUCUAGUAGAACAAUUAUCACUUGUUAGGACUGUUAUCUCAUUCUUGGAAAAAAGUGAAUUAGUUUCGGCUUGGCGAUGAUUUUAAGGAGGGAAGUCUGUUCACACCAAUCUGCACAUGAUUUGCAAUUUUCUUGAAAACUGUUUAAAAUCUAGUGUUGAUUGAUGUCAUAAUGAAUCAGUAUGCUCUUUUAAACAUUCUAAAUAAGUGUUAAACGUAUUUUUCGUAAAAUUUCUAACAAACAGGCACUAAGCGGUCUGCUAGCGGUCUUGGUGCUAACAGGCUUUCCCCCCUUAAAAUCAUCGCCAAGCCGAUAGUAAUUAACUUUUUCCAAGAAUGAGAUAUCAGCCAUAACAAGUGAUAAUUGUUCUACUAGAAUCAAUUGUAAUAAUUGCAUAAUGUGCAUACAAUAAUGCUCCACGAGCAUUAGUUUGCACCGCUUGAGCUGUGCCAUAUACCCGUACGAAUAUGCAUUUGAGUCACUGUAAUUAUUUCUCUUUUGCCGCACUUUUUCAGACUGAAGAACGGUUGGCUCCCCCGUAGAGCGCUACAUUAACCUUCUUAGUUGAUUAGUUGGAUUGCAAAUCGCUGUGUAAAUUCUGUUGAAUAAAGAAACAUGCCAUAUGUUUACGAUAAAACCA